AUGGGUCCCAGGCGUGGCGGCCGCACAGCGGCCGCUGCGGGCCGAGGGGGCAGGAGUGCGGGACACGGCAAAGGCAACAGUGGCGCCGACAGCAAUGACGAAGCCCCAGCAUGGAGGCAAGGUCCCCGCGCCACGGGAAGCGCAAAGUCGAAGAAGCAAUACCUGCAGUGGAAGCGCCAGGUCAGGUCUGAGGCGCGCGAAGACGACGACAGCAGCGACGAAGGGGGAGAGCAGCAGCAGGGGCGUCAGCCGCAGCAGCGCGCCGCCGCCCGCCCCGGCCUGGUGCGGAGGCCGGGGAGCGGCGGCGACGAUGACGGCGAGAGCAGCAGCAGCAGCGGCAGCAGCGGCAGCAGGAUCAGCAGCGGCGACGUGAGCGACUCAGAGGGUUUCCGCGCUUCCGAGGACGAGGACGAGGAGGGCUCCAGCGAGGGCGACUCGAGCGGCGGCGGCGGGGCCGCCGAGGACGCCGGCGGCAAGACCGCCACCCAGCCCGCGCGCGCCGCGGACGUCGCCGCCGCGCGCGAGCACGCCGCGGACGCGCGCAACAUGCCGCCGUCGACCGCGGAUAUGGAGGCUCCCCUCGUUUACAAACCCUUGGUCGACGUGGCCCCGCCCGGCGACCUCUUUACGCCAAGCGCGGGCAGCAGCAGCAAACCCCCUACCAGCUUAGGCGAGGCCGGAGGCGGCGGCGGCGGCGGCGGCAGCGAUGGCCCCGCGCCGCCUGAGCGGAUGGCGCGCAUCACCGAGGCGGAGGGCGUCGUGCGCACGGCGGAGCAGCUGCAUGUGCUGGAGGAGCGCCGGUUCCGGGAGUGGCGGGGCGCCCUCGAGCGCCGCUUCGGCGCGCAGGGGCAAGGGCGCCUGAGCUUCUACGAGACGCGCCUGGAGUUCUGGCGGCAGCUGUGGCGGACACUGGAGAUGAGCGACGUGGUGUGCAUCGUCGUCGACGCCAGAAACCCGCUGCUGCACUUUCCCGAGGCCCUUUACGCGCACGCCGGCCACGACCUGGGCCUGCCCAUCCUGCUGCUGCUCAACAAGUCAGACCUGGUGCACCCUGCGGCAGCCGCCGCGUGGCGCGCGUGGUUCGAGGCGCGCCACCCGGGGCUGACGGCGCUGGCGGUGUCCGCGGCCAAGGGUGGCGCCGCGGCGACGCAGCGGGCGGUGCUGGGGGCACUGCUGGAGAUGCGGAUCGCGCGGCGGGGCGGCGAGGCCAGGGUCGAGGACAUCGUCGGCCUGGGCCUGGACAAGCUCAUCCAAGAGUCGCUGCGCCGCAACACCCAUGCCAAGCGCCACACCAUGCCCGUUAGAGGCCUGGCCACCGGCCGUGGUGGCGGCCAGGGCAGCAGCAGCGAAGAGGGCGAGGACGCCGACGAGCUGGGGUGGAGCGUGAAGGGCACCAAGGCGUCGAAAAAGGACGCGCAGCGGCGCAAGCGGCGUGCCAACCACGCGCAGAAGGACCGCGCCGCACGGCCCGCCGCGGCGGCGGGGGCGGCCGACCCUCAGCCUGGACCUGGAGGAUUUUGA